AAAUUUCGUUCAUACAAUUAUCUGAUCUGUUAUGGCCACCUACGAGGAAGUAAAGGAUGCUCCAAAUCAUCCGGAUAAGUAUCUGUUUGAUGUGCGCAACAAGUCCGAGUUGGAGGAGACAGGUGUCUUGCCGAGCAGCAUUAAUAUACCUCUGCCCGAGCUGGAGAGGGCCUUGAAUUUGCCGGAUGAUGCUUUCACAAAGACCUACGGCCGCAAGAAACCGUCGGUUGAUGCAGUCAUAAUCUUUUCAUGCAAAGCAGGUGGACGCGCUGCUCGGGCUACCAAUUUGGCCCGCACCCUGGGCUUUUCCAAUGCCAAAGCGUAUGCCGGAUCCUGGACGGAAUGGCAGGAUAAGGAGGGUGGUCAAUAACAACGGAAAAUAUAAAAUUAUUUACAAAUUGUAAAAAUAAAUAAUCACAACCAUUUUAUUACCGUA